AUGGAGAGGGCAAUUCCGUCAUCUGGUUCUUUCAAGCAUCAGCCUCCAACUUGUGGUAAUUUCAUCACCAUUCUCAGCAUCGAUGGAGGUGGCAUUAGGGGACUAAUUCCUGGCACCAUUCUUGAGUACUUUGAAUCUCAACUCCAGGCAUUGGACGCUGAGGAUGCAAGGCUUGCAGAUUAUUUUGAUGUAAUUGCAGGAACAAGCACAGGUGGUCUUGUCACGGCUAUGCUAACAGCUCCAAACAAAGAUAAGCGUCCUCUGUUUGCUGCUAAAGACAUAAAGCCUUUCUAUCUUGAGCAUGGCCCUAGGAUAUUCCCACAAAAUACUUUUAAUUGGUUUGGAAUUGGUACAAUGUGGAAAUCAGUAACAGGACCAAAGUAUGGUGGGAAGUAUCUUCACAAAGUCAUAAAAGAGAAACUAGGAGAGACUCAUCUGCAUGAGACAUUGACUAAUGUGGUUAUUCCAGCUUUUGAUAUCAAGAAUAUGCAGCCCACGAUUUUCUCUACUUAUGAGGCUAUGGAAAAUCCAUUGAUGGAUGCUAAGCUUUCAGAUAUAUGCAUUAGUACAUCUGCUGCUCCAACAUAUCUUCCUGCACAUCAAUUCCAGACUCAAGACAAAGAUGGCAAAGUUCAAGAGUUCAAUCUUAUUGAUGGUGCAAUCGCAGCUAACAAUCCAACCCUUAUUGCUACAAGUGAAGUUACCAAACAAAUAUAUGCUGAAAACAAAGAUUUCUUCCCUAUUAAACCCAGUGAUCAUGGAAGGUUUUUGGUGAUUUCAAUAGGCACUGGAUCAGCAAAACUGGAACAAAAAUUUAAUGCUAAAAUGGCAGCCAAAUGGGGUCUCUUAGGUUGGCUAACUAAGNCCCACCGUCUGCUAUCUUCAAACUCUAUUUGUGAAAUUACACUGGAUUUUGUUGUUAUUGUUGUAGUUGAGUAUUUAUCAACUGACAUAUUUAAGGAGAGAUAUAAUAAAAUUACCAUAUUAUUUAUUGCUUCUUAA